AGAUGAACGCGCGAGGACGUUCGCGGCCUUACGGUGAAAGACUGCACACUACUUCUAACACUGUUCCCCGGGACACGUAUUCAGAUCACUGAAACUUUUUGUCUCGAGCAGCCGGUGAAUGAAGUUCACCAGUGGACAGCAGGUCCAAUGCAGCUUCCAUGGGUAUGUCUCCGCAUUCCAUGAUGGGCUUGGCAUUAUACCAGUUGGUCUCUCUUUGCUCAAAAGUCAACAGGACGCGCUGCUCACCGGGGAACGAAGAACAGUAGAGAACCGUUGCCCUUGGGCCGGUAUGAUUGUAUCAAAUGUGAGCUUAAACUGCGCGAGCUGUCCAGUGGGAGACGGCACAGUGGUCUCGCGAACUCUCAGCCCCACCGGGCACCUUGUGGUUGCAGUGUGCCUCGGAUUCAUCGGAACGUUCGGUUUUCUCAAUAACUUUUUGGUUCUCACUCUGUUUUGUCGGUACCGGACACUGCGCUCGCCUAUAAAUUUCCUGCUUGUCAGUAUCUCGUUUAGUGACUUGCUGGUGUGCGUACUUGGAACCCCGUUCAGCUUUGCCGCCAGUACGCAGGGCAGGUGGCUGAUCGGACGCGGCGGCUGCGUAUGGUAUGGCUUCGUUAACGCAUGCUUAGGCAUCGUGUCGCUCAUCUCCCUGGCCGUGCUGUCGUACGAGCGCUACUGCACCAUGCUGAGCCCCACCCAGGCAGACGGGCGCAACUACUGGCCCGUCCUGGGAGGGGUGUGUUUCUCCUGGCUGUACUCGGUGGCCUGGACCGUGCCCCCCCUGCUGGGCUGGAGCCGCUACGGCCCCGAGGGGCCCGGGACCACCUGCUCUGUGGACUGGAGCACCCAGACGCCCAACAACAUCUCCUACAUCGUGUGCCUGUUCACCUUCUGCCUCCUGCUGCCCUUCUUCGUCAUCGUGUUCUCCUAUGGGAAACUGCUGGCCGCCAUCCGACAGGUCAGCAGUGUCAGCUCGGUAGUGUCCCGUCGCCGGGAGCAACGCGUGCUGGUGAUGGUGGUUACCAUGGUAGCGUGCUACCUGGUGUGCUGGUUACCGUACGGUGUGGCGGCUCUCCUGUCCACCUUCGGCCCCCGUGACUUCCUGUCCCCUGAGGUCACCAUCAUCCCCUCCCUGCUGGCCAAGACUUCCACUGUGGUCAACCCGGUCAUAUACAUAUAUAUGAACAAGCAGUUCUACAGGUGUUUCAGAGCUUUCCUGAGUUGCUCCACCCCUGACCAUGGCUCCAGCUACAAAACAUCGUCGCGUGCGACCAAAACGUUCCGAAACAACCGUCAUGGAAACGGACACAACGUUAGAGUUGGGCUGCCACCCAUUGGCCCGCCCACUCCCCAUUCUGUCCACCAAUCGUCCGAGGCGGCAAACUGUCAACCUUCCUCCAAUCCCCACAUUCCUUCCCCACCUCAGACCCCUCCCACUGGCACGCCCAGACCCAGACUGACUCUUGUGGCACAUUAUAAUGUCUAGAGACAGAGAGAGAGAGAGAGAGAGAGAUACCAGGAGGCAGGAGGGCCCACAUAAAGAAAGACUAUACUGAGAAAUGGACAUUCCUCUAGACAUUUAACCAUUUACGCAGUCAAAGGUCAGGGGUCGUUAAAGAGAUCUUGGGCAAGUCUUAUGUCCAGUAAGCCCCACUUGAAGGUGUUUUAGUCGUGCUCAUCAGAUUCUUUGCUAACCAGGGUGGAAGGGAGACAAGGGACAGAACAUGUCGUGUGCAAAAGAUACAGUGAUCAAUAGGGGAUUUAACCUUACAUGACUCUCCACUGUAUUGUAACACACUUCUGUCUACCAGAGUCAAAGCUACAAGGUUAAGCUCUGGUCCUUAGAGCAGCUCUAUGGAAAACCUAGAGGUUACUUGAAUGCUGACACUGUUUUCUGUGCAUGAUAGCUGGACCAAGGGGAUUUCUCUUCUAAAGAGAUAUCAAAGUAGUGGUGUUGUUCUGAUCAAUAACAUUGAUUGAGUAACUGAUUGAUCGACUAGGGGUUAAGGGGAAAGACGUCGCAUUGAAUCUCACAGUAAUCACUUUCAUUGAUCUCCCACAAUAUUACCCAUGAACAUGCUCACGCUAUCUGGGCGAGUUGUUUGUUCUUGCCAGGGCAUUGCAGAGAUUGCAUGGACAUAGACUGGAUUGAGACUUCGUAAUGAACGCGAUGAGUUCAGAGGUGUCCUUAUGCUUGAAGUGUAUCUUUAACAGGGCUCUAGAUUGACCCAAAGUCAAGUUUUCAAGAGACAAUCCGGCUGUUUUUUUCCUUUCUCUUUUCUGAACCAAAGAUCCAAUGUUGCUUGUGCAUCUGUGCAUCAGUAAACCACCCUGGGACUGAGUCCAGUCUGGGAGCAGACUGAGAGCAGGGCAGGCAGAGGAGGGCUCCAUCUAUUCACCCCUGGGGGCUUUGGGAAAGAACGGGGGGGAAAUGGAGUCCAGGUUCAUGUUGUGGAGGGAGCUGAAGGCAGUCGCCACUGUCAUCAAAAGUACUAGAAUGAAUCCCGGUUUACUGUGGUUGUUUUCAGAAAGGACAUUAACUAUUAGCAUGCAAAUCUUAAGAAAAACAGUCAACUAGCAAUGAGACUAGUGUUAUUUAGUUUGUAGUAGGUUUGUGUAAGGGUGAGGGGAAAGUUACACAUGCAAUGAGAUAAGAACUUUACAGGUUUGUGCUGUUUGAGGUCAUAUUCAGAACUUACCAAUGGCAAUGUAUUCUGCAUGUUUGCAAUGCAUAUGUAAAUGUGCAAGAAAGCACUUUACAGACAGAAAUAGAAAUGACUCUCCAUAAACACAUUUGCUCUGCCGCAAUAAAGCAAUUACAAAAGGCAACAAAAAUAGGUCAAGCUUUUCCCUUUAUAUUGAUUAAGUGUAUCUUAGUUAUGUAACUUCAUUAAUUGUGUUUUCUUAAUCAAAAUGUUUUUCUCUACCAGUUCUGGGAGGCACAAUGUUUUUUGGCAGAUAAGUGCAUGAUGUUUUUGUAAAUUAUGUUUUUUUUGUCAGUUUGUAUGUAAUGUUGAGGAUUGAGGAUUCUUCUGUGAAAUAUGUUUUUAAAGGAUUACUUGGGGUUGAGAAGGGGGGUAAGCAAUCUUUUCUGAAUCCGUUUUCAUGCUUGAUACAUGGGGAUUGGACACAGUGGUUAACAGUUGAUAGAAAUCAGCAACAUUUUAUGCAAUUAAUUUUUAAUUCUUCUUCUACGCAAGAAAAACUAAUGUAUGCCUUUACUUUUACUUGUGACAGAUCUGCUUUAUAUCAAGAAGGGGAGACACUAUUAUAGAAGUCUAGGAUCCAUUCAGAUGCAUUUAAAUGCGUGUUAUUAGUGGCAUUUGUAUGUUAUCAAAAACAGUUUAUUUAUUUAUUAAAUCAUAAA